AUGGCUACAGUUGCGACUGAGAGACUCACCGGCCAUCCUAUACACCCUCGACACCCGAGCUUCGAGCCGAAGAGACGUGGCAGCCGAGUGGCUUCGCCGGCAGACAAGAAGGGUGUAACGCAGCCGGAGCGGCUCAAUAACGAGCUCCCCCGAGCGGCGUCGUACACUUACCUACCCGAUUCCGAGAAGGGUCACUAUGGACAACAUACUGUGGUGGAUAUCAAGAGCUUCCCCAACGCGCACUAUGUCUCCCAUCCUGGUGAUGUUGAGGACCUCUCUCCACCAGACGACUCCCCUCCAGCAUCCUCUGGCUGGACGACCCCCGACGAGCACGGCCUCGCCAUAGCACCUCCGCCGGCACAAGCGAUCAUUUCACAGUUACGCAAGAGCUCGACUGCGCCCCCGUCGCAUGGUAUCGAGAGUGCCCGCAGCAGCGUGAACUCCUUCGUGAGGCAGUCCGGCACAAGCCUGGAAUCAGAGCGCACUGAAGCCUCGACUGCUGCUUCCACGCCCGUCUCCAGCCAUCGUCCGUCACUGAGCAGCAAGUCAUUCUCUCGGCGCUUCUCCAGGCAAUCAUGGUACCAAUCGACAACAUCGACGACAUCGACACCUUCUCGGUCACCGUCCCCGCAAAAGGAAGAGCCUGCUUCUCGGAAAGGGUCAGUGGUCAAAGAUGCGGGUCCUCCAACGGAGACGGGUGAUGGACGGAGGAAGUCGCUGAUCACUCGAACUCUCACUGGGAAGACGAUGAAGGAAGGGAGGAGAAAGAAAGCGAGCAAGCAAAAUGGUGAAGAACGGCAGCCCGAGAAGUCGGUCACGCGCAAAGGGACUGUCUUACGGAGGAAGGCUACAGCUCGUGCUUCUGGCAAUCUUACAGAGCCAAGCUCCAAUGAAGCCACUUCCGUGCGCUCUCCUGCUUCGCUCGAUGCGACUCCAGCACCAGCGAUCCCGGCAGUCCCAUCUCUGCCCAAGUCGUUCUCCACAGAUAGACUUCCAACCCUGCGUACUUCCAAGUCUGCAGUGUCCUUGUCCGACGACAAGUGCGAGGGAGCAAUGCCAAGAUUGGCUUCCAGAGAUAAGGUCUAUCACCCGAGUCCACUGUCUUCUGUUACCAGGAAGAAAGAUGAGCUGUGGAGUGUGUUCCGGACACUUGAUGCCGAUCUGAGCAAGUUCACGUCAAAGACGACUUCACUAAAGGCAAAUGUUGUACGCUCCUCGCUCCUCCCCUUUCUGCGGACAUAUGCCCAUCACCCAUCCAACAAGACUCUGCGGCCCGAGGAUUUGGAUCGAAGAGCCAACAUCCUGAACAAAUGGUGGACUGGGUUGAUUGAAAUGCUGCACGGGCGCAACAACCAGUCCAUCUCAGGGACGGAUCGGCCUGUUAUCCUCGACGGCAUAUCCGGCAUUAUGGAGAGGCCAGAAUGGAGAUCUUCGCCUUCGCCAUUUUGUCCACUACAGGACCGCCUCAAGGCUUCGUUCGCUCAUGGCAAUCGAUCGAAUACCUCCCUUGGGUCCAGCUCGUCGGACUUCCUCGCAGACUCUGUUCAUCACAACGUUCGCAACAUCUUCAUACAGAACCUCAGCUCCCAGAUGGCGUUUGUAGUUGAUAAGAUGUCGCUACGACACGCUUCUGCUAGUUUGGUCACCUUCUGUGGGAAAGCUUGUGCAUAUGCCUUUGUCUUCGUUCCGGGAAUGGCCGACGUGAUGGCUCGUCUGUGGGAUCUCCCUAUGGAUACCUUGCGCCGGGUGCUGCAUGAGAAUGGGGUGGGGAAAUUCGAGCAGAUGACCGAUUCGACCAGGGACAUUGCUGCCAACUUUCCACCCGCACUGCAUCAGCUUGCCUUUACCUCAUUGAUGAAGUACAUGCGCAAGUUGAUGACGCCUCCAGCUCUGCCCGUUGGAACUCAGCACGUCCAGUGGUGGGGUUAUUGGGUAGAUCGGUGGAGUGGACGGGAUAGCGACCUGUUCUAUGUUUUCGCAAAACACUUCCACAUUCUGGCCACGGACUUCUUGCCAUCGAACACGACAAAGAGAGAGCGCAUGUGCGCCCCUGGUAUGCUCUUGGUGCAUGCGCAGAUCCUUGCCAACCUGGACGCAACAAUCCAUCGAGACGCAAACCAGUCGUUUCAGGAUGCUACCCCUUCCGCCACAUUUGACGAAAUGCUAGGCGAUCCAGACGCAAUAGCGUCAACACUUCCUAUACCGCCUACUAAUGCAGUACGACUGAUGGCUGAGAAUCGCCUCAUAAUGUUAAUCCGAGAUUUUCUUUCCGAUCGGGAUGCAGACCAUCCGAUCGCGAGAGAAAUCUUUGCACAAUCGUUUAGCGACCUUUUGCAGGCGACAGCGCGGGGAACCUCCAUGUUCGACCACGCUGCCUGCUACACACUCCUUGACUUCCUGGAAGAGGCACUGGUAAUACUAAUAAGAUAUGAGGUUUCGAGAGAAAUCGGUGACGCGCUCAUGGACUCUGACUUUUGGUUGACUGUCUGCAAGAAAAUGAUCGAGAGCGAGAACACCCUCACAGAGAUCCGGCUGUAUGCUUUCUUGUACACCGUGUGGCACACGAUUGUCUCUCGACCUGGUCGGAAGAGGGAGCUUUGCCUUGGUCUUCUGUUGACGCCGGAUGAUUUCGAAAGCCGGUUCAAUCACUGGUGUCCGAUGGUCCGGGCUUACUUCAUGCGGCUGUUAUGUUGGCGUGUGGCAAGACAUGAUGGCGAAGCGGGCGAGGACGACUUGCGAAUACUGGAGACCUUAGAAGAGCGUCUUCAGGAGACCUGGUCGAAGCACCUUCAUCUCCGCGAGAAGGCGCAGCAGGAGGCGAGCUUGCUCCCCGAUACGGCCCCUUGCCAUCCUGCGCCGGGAAGACGACUGCUGAUUGUCCGGACCGACCACCAGGUCAACAAUGCGGGCACAUUCAUCAAUUUCGAUGGACUUCUGAAUAACAUACCGGCGGCAAUGCAGAAGCCCGCAUGGAAACGUACGUCUCCAGCAGCGAGCCUCCUAGAUGGUCCUGAUGCGCGGCCGGAGUCAUCAUCGACGAUGGAGUCUGACUCUGAUUCGCGCGAGAAGGGCAUUGGUGGGUUCAUUCGCAAGAUGAUGGGAGGGUCGAAGAAUCGGUCCAAGUCUCGAGAGCCAGCGAAGCGGCCGGCAGAAGCCAAGGGUACGCCUCCGUUGCCCGAAGGAGCUCAGUCGAUCUCGCGAGCAGCAACAGAGGAUGGCAGCCAUUCCUCAGCGCCAGAGGCUCCCCGAGAAGCCUUGCAAGCACCGUAUCGGAGUCUGAGUUUCAAGUUCUCAUUGGAGUACCACCCGAGCAACAAGCAGCUCCCUCCGAUGCGUCUACAAGCUCCGAGACUGCCACCACCAGCGCAGAAUCUCCUCCGAGCGAAGACCAGGAACUCGGCUUCGUCUGCGACAAGCUCUGUGCAACCUGUGGAGCCCCGCGGGGAAAGUAUCGCACGGGCACGGUAUAGUGGGAGGGCUCUCGCUGAAUGGACGGUGGUGGUAGGCGAGUGCCACAGCUUUUUCGAAAGACGGAAGCAUGAAGGGGCGCCAAGUAAUCGGCACGUAGAGACGCCGACGUUGGGUGUGGAGGUCUUUAAACGGCCGUCGUAA